AAGAUAUUUAAGGUUUAGUCUCAUUUACAAAAGUAUUCCAUUUAAAUUUAGAAUAGACUCAUCAUUAGUUCUUAUUCUGAUGUUUUGUGUCUACUUUGGAAAUUGACUAUGUAAAAAAAAAUUUUCAAGUAUUUAGCUCUGUUAAAAUGUAACAGAUGGAAUGGUUUUAAUAUUUACGUUUUUAAUAUAUUGAUUACAUAACAGUUUGUAUAAUUUCAAAAAAUUUUGUUAAAGUUUUAUUGUCAAUGCAACAGGAGUAUUCGCCUGAGUGUGUUGAUAACAUGAGCAGUAGUAAUUUAGACGAAAAUUCACCAAGUACAGACACCUUUUGUAGUGCAGAAUCGCGAAAUGAAGGUGUAACCCUCUUUCCUCAGAAAAGUGUUUUCAAAGUGAAAUCCUUGCCAAUGGAAGCUCUUAACAUAGACGGAUCAGAUUUACCAACAAUUAAUGUGAAACAAACACUGGAACUACUAGAAUGUCCAGUUUGUUUUGAUUGUAUGAUCCCUCCAAUUUAUCAGUGUCGUGAAGGUCACCCUUUGUGUUGCGAAUGCAUAGGAAAAGUAAAAAUAUGUCCCACAUGUCGUUCCUCAUCAAUCGACAUUCGUUGUCGGGUUUUAGAUCGUUUAGCGGAGUCAGUAGGGAAAGUCUCAUGCCGCUACGCUUCAUUAGGUUGCAAAGCUGUUAUUAAGUAUGAAUUAAAGAAAGAGCAUGAGUCACGAUGUCAUUACAAGCAUUUUAAAUGCCUACAUUCCGAUCAGGGUUGCGGAUUUGAAGGAACUGCAGAAGAUCUUGUAAAUCAUCUUGUCUGCAUGCAUGAUUAUGAAGAGAUUGAGGGUAAAAUUAUAAAUUUUUGCUGCAACUCUAAAAAUCUACAAUCAAAAAAGUCAAAGUCUUCCGGAAAACAAUUAUUUUGGCAACGUCAUAUUUACCAUUGUUACGACAAACAUUUUGUGUUACGGGUCCAUAGAAAAGCGGAUGUUGAUCCUGCUAUUUACAUAAGUUUAAUAGUUAUCCAUUGGAAGCAUCAUUCGAAUCGGUAUACACUUGCUAUUCAAGGAAAUCAUCGGAAAUACUCGUUUGAAGGACCGGUGUGGUCUGUACGCAAAGGCUUUAAAGAGGUUGAACGCGUGCGGGAUUGUCUUAUUUUACCAGAAAAUAUAGCUUUAUUUUUGUCCGGAGGUAAAGGAUCAGAAACCGAUUUAAACUUAAUAAACUUAUCUAUUGUUGGAACUAUUUUGCCGUAAAAAUUUAAUAUCACUUUAUUUUAAUAAAAUAACUAACAGUAUUCAUUUACUAAAUGUCUUACCGCCGUUUUUAAAAAAUUGUUAGGUGGUUUUUGCACAAUUCUUUUUUUAAGUUAACUAAUAAAUAAACGUAUUGAUUCUUUU